CGAAAAGAGACGCUUUCCUCUUUGCAAAACACGUUUCCGAAGCAUCAGUACGAUUGGUUGUACCAACCCAUCGGCGUUUCCAUUCGGACUUCCGUCUCAAACGACAUACCCCAGCAGAGUGUGGUCAGGAUGUCUGGAAGGACUGAGUGGGUGAGGCUCUACUAUGACGAGCACCUCACGUCGAGCAAGAUAAGGCGCGUGAAGGACCUGGUCGACGAGACUAUCCUGCUCCCACACGAGGCCAUGCGCGGCAAGGUACGGUGCCGACCUGCGGCAGUGCAGACGAGACGCCAGUCAGUGCAUAUGCGCAUCUGUCCACUGGUCUGCGGCAGAUACGUGAGCUGAGGGAGGUGAUGACCAAAGUGGUCAUGUGCCAGAAGUGGAGGACAGGUCACUUUGAAAGAGCGGAGACACCACCCCACCGACCUGCGCAUACCCUGACAUGUACGCUUCCCUUGGCCUCCCUGCAGACCUUUUCUAUCGGUGGUUCCGUUCGUGUCUGGGCCCCUUCAUGGAGAAGGCACUCACACUCGAGAUGUAUGUCAGCGAUGGAUGCACAGAUGGCUGGGAGGGAGGUGGGUGCUGCUCAUGUCUCCUUCCCUUGUGCGUGGCGGAUGCAGCCAUUUGAUCCAGCGGUUGGACAAGAGGGGCUCCCGUCCUCUUGGGCAGAAGGAAGGGGAGAUUGCUGAGGAGCUGUUCGAAACGUAUAAGGAGUGCAUGGAGGUGAGUGAGCACACGAGAGGGGAUGGGGGCCACGUGUCUCUCAUGUCUCCUUGGCUUUGCGUCUCGUCUGUCUGCAGUUGAUCGAUGAGGUGGGUGAUUGUGGGUGCGGUGCGGGUGUACUCGACGGCCGUCGAUUCCAGCUGUCGUUCAUCUGAUCAUACCCGUCUUCUCUGCUGUGGUGCUGUGGUGUUGUCUGCAGGUUUAUGACUGCCAUCGCUGGUUCAAGGAGACCAAGCAGAUGUCCAAGAACCCCACGCGACGUCUCGAGUACGGCAUACAGACACGCACUCACGCAGAGAACGCCGUCCACCCACGGAGAGGACGCACUCUGUCUCUCUUUUGUGUCCAGCGCUCUGAUCCGCGAUGUGGGCGGGGCUGUGGACAACCUCACCAAGCGUUUGGAAGAGCACCUGGUAAGUGGAAGCGACCGACAAGCAUGGCCACCGGCUGCUGCCAGGCCAGGCGCAUAAGUGUUGUGUUCGCUUCGCUUGCCCUGCAGGCCCGGGUGGAAGAAGUGAUACCGGCGAUGACUCGCCGCAAGUUUGGGUAUCGCAACGGGUACGAGAAGGCCGUGGAGGAGUAUGUGCAGGGCAUCAAGCUGGCAGACGCUGCGGUGCUGCUGCCCUCCCUCCUCGAGGCCGCUGACAAGUGGAUGACCGACGAAGGGAAGAAAAAAGGGGCCCUGGGCAAGAUUACCCAAUGCACGGCCUGGCUCAACACAAACUUCUGGCAGAACAACUACUCACAUCGCAACAAAAGUGCGCUGAGAAGGACACAUGUGUCCCCGGGAGACAUGCUGACGACAGAUAGAUGUCUUUUCUUCUCCCUGUGUUGGUCAGCUAUGCUGGAUGACCUGAGAGGUGACGUACCGCCUGCUUGCUUCAGAUACGGUGGGUGGGCUGGUGGGUACUCAUAGAUACGUACAGGUAGGUGUUCAUGUGCUGGCUGUACAUGUGUGUGUGUCUGUCAGGUUGCUGCUGAUUCAUCAUGAAUCCAUGAUUGAUGCGUACGUACGUGAAAGAUUCAUCCGGCCAGUGAUUUGAUAGGUGUAGGUCUGUCUGGUG